UCAACAACAAUCCAGAAUACUUGAAUUCCUAGCUCUACCUCCAAACUCAUAUUUUAAUUGAUUAAUUACUUCCUCCAAACCCACGUGAUUCUGUGUUUAUCAAGAAUCUUUAAUUUUAGCUACGGUACCUAGGUAUUAAGCUAUAACCCCACUCAACUCACGAUUAGCCAACUGCAGGCGCGUCGCAAUUCAGAGCGACAUCAUCAGGAAUUCGAAAAUCCGACAAAGUCUUCAACCCUCACUAUACCGUCAAGAUGGUCGCAGAUGUGAGCAAUCUGAGAAGCUUAAAACCCUUUUCCCACGAAAUACCUCAAGUCGGCAAUAAUGACUAACUGCAUCGCAGGUCAAGAGAAUAAUUAAGCUCAUUACCGAGCAGCGCAACAUGUAGGUCGCGAUCUAGAUUCCCGUCACGACUAUUUUAUAAUGGGGUUGGGGAUAUAUGCUAAGAAUUAAUACACAGCGACAAGCCUGCUCUUCAAGAAGGUUUUCCGAUGAAAUCAUGGAACAUCGAGAUAUACAUGUUGGAUGAAGCUGGCAAUGAGAAGCCAGCUACCUGCUUCACCAAGGCAGUUUACAAUCUGCACCCUACCUUCCCUAACCCAACCCAAAGUACGUUCGUCCAUAUUCUAAUACCGCGCGCGAAGCUUGAAGAGUUGCCGAUCUAACGAUUGCCACCAAAAUAGCCUUCACUGAGCCUCCCUUCCGCUGCGAGAAUGAGGGAUGGGGAGAAUUCGACAUGACGAUUGAUUUAUUCACUACUCCGACAGGCGGCAAACACAGUAUUGCACACGAUCUCAAUUUUGGCAAGACCCGCUAUGAAGCUAAACAUCCUAUCACAUUUAAAAAUCCUAGUCGAGAGUUGAUUAAUGCAUUAAGGGAAACGGGACCGGUGCCAGGAGAUGAAAAUGGAGGUAUGAGCAGAAAGAAGGAUUCUGAUGGCAAAAAGAGGAAGAGGACUGGGCAGGUCGACAUGGAAAAGCUGGCCGAGGGGCUGGUCAAAUUGCAGGAGGAUGAUCUUUUGCAUGUGGUGCAGAUGAUUCAUGAUAACAAGAGUGAAGAUACGUAUACGAAGAAUGAUAUUGACCGUAAGUUGGAGUCUGGAGGCCGGAAAGAUGAGGAUAACGCUAAUUGGAUUAAUGCAGAGGGGGAGUUCCAUGUCGACUUGUAUACGUUACCAGACUCGCUGGUCAAGAUGCUUUGGGACUUUGUUAAUGCCCCGACGACAAAAGCUUAUUAGACCGGAGACGCCAUUGAUCGAUAUGAGGAAGCUAGUGAUAGUACACAAAUUUGAAAGAAGGGAAAUAUUGGUUUUGGUAUUGGAUCAUGGAUAUUUUGACCCAUGCAUGCAUUUAUGGCAAGUAUGCCGAAAAGCGCUUUUCACGCAAAAUUAUGCAGGCAAAGGAAGGGUUUUUCUUUUGAUGCACAUUCAUCAUUGUCAAAUCCAACUUCCACGGCGUUCCAUUUUUCAUUUUUCAUCAUAGAGCAUAGGAUGGCAUUCCGAUUGCUAUUUUUCUCCUUUUCUUGUCUUCAACGAAGAAAGGUGAUAGGCGUGAGCGGGGUGGGCGUAUUCCUUCAACUUCAUCUGCAGAAAUAUUGCGUUGCGUUGCAUGGCUUGCUUUUGGUCGGCAUCUCAUCUAUCUAGUAAGCAUAAUGACCGGAACGGACGGACCAGAUCAAGAUCAUGAUGGUGCUUUGGGAUAUAUGACUGGUAGAAUCAAAAAAUUGAAUGAAUUGAUGGACGGAUGGUAGGAAUAAAAUGGAAACUCCUUUAAAAC